GCAAGACAGCCGGACAGGCAGGCGGGACGGGGUACCAGCACCUCAACUUCUCUCUCAGGGACACUCCCCAGACUCCGGGGCCACAGGCCAAGCUGUGUGAUGGGUGCUGAGGAGGAGGUGCAGGUCACGUUAGCAGGGGGAGCACCAUGGGGCUUCCGACUUCAGGGGGGGGCCGAACAGAGGAAACCCUUACAGGUGUCUAAGAUCCGAAGACGAAGCCAGGCUGGCAGAGCAGGACUCCGAGAAAGGGACCAGCUCUUGGCGAUCAACGGGGUUUCCUGCACCAGCUUCUCCCAUGCCAGGGCCAUGACUCUCAUCGAUGCCUCAGGGCAUCAGCUUGUCCUUACUGUGAGGAGGGCAGCAGAUGAAGGGGCUGUGAGCUCUCCAUCUCCAGGGGAGCUUCAGGUGAUGUCACCUUUAUCUCCACUGAGUCCUGAGCCCCCAGGUGCUCCUGUUCCCCAGGCUCUUCAGCCUGGGAGCCUUCGUUCACCCCCCGACAGUGAAGCCUACUACGGGGAGACCGACAGUGACGCUGAUGGCCCUGCUACACAAGAGAAGCCCCGCCGAACUCGCCGUCGGUGUCCCUCAAGGCCCUUCCUUCCAGGAGCCCCACCUGAUGAGGUGUACCUGUCCGACAGCCCUGCAGAACCAGCACCUGUUAAAACUGGCUCUCCCAGCCAGGGUGACAGCCGUGUGAGCUCGCCUUCUUGGGAGGAAGGGGCAGCCCUCCAGCCGCCACCAGCAGAAGCACUUCUGUUACCCCAUGGUCCACUCCGGCCUGGCCCUCAUCUCAUCCCUAUGGUGGGCCCUGUCCCCCACCCAGUGGCAGAAGACCUCACUACCACCUACGCCCAGAAGGCCAAGCAAGCCAAACUGCAACGUGCAGAAAGCCUCCAAGAAAAGAGCGUGAAGGAGGCCAAGACCAAAUGCCGGACCAUUGCAUCCCUGCUAACUGCGGCUCCCAACCCUCACUCCAAGGGGGUGCUUAUGUUCAAGAAACGGCGGCAGAGAGCCAAGAAGUACACCCUAGUGAGUUUCGGGGCUGCAGCUGGGACAGGAACAGAGGAGGAGGACGGCAUCCCCCCAACGAGUGAGUCAGAACUGGAUGAAGAGGCCUUCUCGGACGCCCGCAGCCUUACCAAUCAGUCCGACUGGGACAGCCCUUAUCUGGACAUGGAGCUGGCCAGGGCGGGCUCCGGCACAGCAGAGACUCAGAGCUCUGGGCUGGGAGGGCAGCUGAGCGAGGUCUCUGGGCGAGGCGUCCAACUCUUUGAACAGCAGCGCCAGCGGGCAGCCUCCAGCACGCAGGAGAUGACUCAGGUGGGCCCAGCCGCCAUGCUAAAUGGGCAGAGUCUGCAGUCACCACCUCGAGCUCAGAGUGCUCCCCCAGAGGCAUCAGUGCUCCCGCUCAGCCCUUUGCCGGCCCCUGCAGCCAGCCCUAGCCCUUUCUUCCCGGAUGGUGGAGCCCCCAGCCCUGCGCCAAGUAUCUUCAACAGGUCAGCGAGGCCUUUUACCCCAGGUUUACAAGGGCAAAGGUCAGGUACCACCUCAGUGAUUUUCAGACCCUUAGCCCCUAAGAAGGUGAGCGAAGGCCUGGGAGGCACCAGCCCCGCCCCGCCCCCCUUCGCAGCCCCUCUGCCGGGGCCCAGCUUCACUCCAGUUGUACCCAGCCACAUGCCACUCUCUGGGACUUCUAGCACCCCACGUUCCUCCGGUCCUGUGACUGCUACCAGCUCCCUGUACAUCCCAGCCCCGAGCCGGCCCGUUACACCAGGAGGUGCCCCAGAACCUCCCACUCCUCCUAGCGCGGCUGCCAUGACUUCCACCGCUUCCAUCUUCUUGUCGGCGCCUCUGAGAAGCUCUGCGCGCCCGGAGGGGUCCGGCCCCGUGACCCCCGAGUCGGCCAGCGCUCGGGAACAGCGCAUCUCUGUGCCGGCUGCUCGCACGGGCAUCCUGCAGGAGGCCCGGCGCCGGGGCACCCGGAAGCAGAUGUUCCGGCCUGGAAAGGAAGAGCCGAAGAACUCGCCCAACCCCGAGCUGCUUUCGCUGGUGCAGAACCUGGACGAAAAGCCCCGGGCUGGCGGUGCGGAAUCUGGUCCAGAGGAGGACGCUUUAAGCCUUGGAGCUGAAGCCUGUAACUUCAUGCAGCCACUAGGGGGCAGGACUUACAAGACCUUGUCUCAAGUGGCACCGAAAACCCCGCCUCCAAUAGCUCCCAAAACCCCACCCCCUACAACGCCUAAGACUCCGCCCCCUGUAGCUCCUAAACCCUCAUCUCGAGAGUUCCUUGAUGGGCUAGUGAACGGGUCGACCCCUAUGGCUGGAAUCCUUGACCUCCCAAGGCUGCAGGGGAGGGGUGGGGAGCUAUUUGCCAAGCGGCAGAGCCGAGCUGACAGGUAUGUGGUGGAAGCUACACCUGGCUCCAGCUUUAAUCCUGGCCUUCGCCCUAGAAGCCCUUCCCCCACACCUUCACUGCCCCCAUCGUGGAAAUACUCACCCAACAUUCGCGCCCCACCUCCUAUUGCUUACAACCCACUCCUCUCACCCUUCUUCCCCCAAGCUUCCCGAACUCUCCCCAAUAAGGCCCAAUCCCAGGGACCUCGGGCCACCCCCAAGCAGGGUAUCAAGGCCCUGGAUUUCAUGCGGCAUCAGCCGUACCAACUUAAAACUGCCAUGUUUUGUUUUGACGAGGUUCCUCCAACUCCUGGUCCCACUUCAGGGCCUCCCAAAACUACCCGAGUCCAGGAGAUCCGCAGAUUCUCCACUCCGGCACCCCAGCCCACUGCAGAGCCCUUGGCUCCUACUGUGCUUGUCCCCAGAGCGGCUACCACUUUGGAUGAACCUAUUUGGAGGGCAGAGCUGACCUCACCCCCUGUCACUAACCCAGACUAUCCUCAAGAGUCUCCCAGGGGCUUUGCUGCCACCCCCAGCUCCUGUGGUUUCCAAGUUGCCAGGCCCCGGUUCUCAGCCACUAGAACAGGGUUGCAGGCGCAUGUCUGGAGGCCUGGGGCAGGGCACCAGUGAGCAGGGAAUAGGUCCCAGGACCAAGUAAUGGAAUUUAGACUCCCAGAAG